AUGGCUUUUUGUUUCUUUGCUUGUGAGAUAAAAGGCCUCCUUCUAUUUUCAUUUCCCCAAGGAAAAAUAGGUGAGUCGACACAGCAACUGGAAAAUAUUCGAGAGGAACUACGAGAGAGAGAUGGACAACUGAGUGAGAUGACACAGCAGUUGACAAAUGUCGAAGGGCAACUAGUAGAGAGAGAUAAUCAACUGAGAGAAAAAACGCAGCAGUUAACAAAUGUCCAAGGGCAACUACGAGAGAGAGAUGGACAACUGAUGGAGAGGACACAGCAGUUGGCAAAUGUCCGAGGGCAACUUGUAGAGAGUGAUGGACGACUGGCAGAGAUGAUUCAGGAGUAUACGAAUGUUGAAGAUCAACUGAGAGAAGGAAGAGAACAACUGCGACAGAUGACAGAGCAUUCGACAAAGGUGGAGGAGCAAUUACGAGAGAAAAAAGAACAAGUCAGGCAGUUGGCACAGCAGUUGAAACAUGUCCAACGGCAGUCACAAGACGUAGAUCGACAACUAAGAGAGAAUAAUAGACAGCUAAGGGAGAUGACAGAGCAAAUGGCAAAUGACCGACAGCAGAUACAGCAGCUGGAAAAUAUUCGAGAAAAGCGACGAGAGAGAGAAGGACAACUAAGGGAGAUGACCCAGCAGUUGAUAAUCAUACGAGAGCAGCUACAAGAAAAAGACGGAGAAGUUAAUUCCCUGGAGGGACGUUUGAGGGCAAAAGAACAAGAAAAAAACGAAUUGGAGAACACUCUGCUCACUGUUCAGCAAGCGUUAAGUGAAAGUUCACGCCAACAGAUGCCCGACUGGAUUAUUCAGCGUGAUCAAAUUCAGCUGACGGACAACGAACUUGGUAAAGGAGCUUGGGGAAGGGUUGUCGAAGGCAAGUAUUGUGGCUGUGCUGUCGCCGUAAAACAGAUGCAUCAUGUUCUGAGAUCUUCCCUCUAUCGCAGAGAACCAUUUGAGCGAGAGAUGAACAUUGCUUCAAGAUGCCGCCAUCCUUGCUUGUUGCAGUUCAUUGGAGCAACAAACGAUGAUGGAAGUCCUUUGUUUGUGACAGAACUCAUGGAAAAGAGUUUACGAAACUUGCUUGACGAGCGACCUCUUUCCAGCACUGAAGUAUCUGUUAUAUCUCUGGAUGUUGCUCGAGCAUUAAACUAUCUUCAUAAAAAAAAACCAUGCCCUAUUAUCCAUCGUGAUAUCAGCAGUGCCAAUGUGUUGUUAUGGCGACAUACUGACCAAUGGCGUGGUAAAGUGUCAGAUUAUGGAACGGCUAACUUUAUGCAGCAGUCCAUGUCAGUUGGUCCCGGUGCUAUAAUAUACAGUGCGCCUGAGGCAUUUACUGAGCAUCAAACUGUCAAGGUUGACGUGUACAGCUUUGGUGUUCUCCUCUGGGAGAUAUGUAUCAGGAGACAACCUAGUCGUGAAAGGCGCGAGAAACAAGUUGCCAUGGUGACCGACAGGGUGCUUCGAGUUCUCAUCCGUAGAUGUCUGCAAGAAGAUCCUGAAGCGAGACCCAGCAUGGAAGAGAUCUUAAGUGAACUUGAAAAAUUGAUUUAAGAAAGGCUUGAUUAACAAAUGGUAAACGCCACAAUGUACACUAUUUAGUUAUGGAUGCA